AUGGCAAGAAGCAUAUCCUCGAUCCUUAAGCCAUCAUCGGCGAAAAUCGAUCCAGCCCUUGAUGCAUUGUUCAGUAGUAGUACUGGACCCGCAAAGCCUACAAAGCCAACCUCGCUUGUACGGAGGGAAGAGACCAAACCAGCACCGAAGCAGAGCAAUACGACGAGUUCCGACGAAGAUGACGCCGACGAGGUAGAAUCUCUCGAGGGGAGCGAGGAUGCGGGAAGUGAUAGCGCCGAGGAGACAUCUGAGGACGAGAUUAUGAACGAUGUCACCCUGGAGGAUUCUGCGCCCGUUGCUACGGAGAAGAACCAUGCACGACCUGAGAAGAAGCGGAAGAGGAAAGAUCUCGCCGACGACCUCGAAGAGAGACAUAUGCGCAAACUGAUGCAGGAUGUUGAAGACACCGAGCCCUCUAGCAAGAGACAAAAGCAAAAGGGCGUCGAUGGCGGCAAAGAGGUGGCGGCUGAUGCUGAUGCGUCAGAAUCGAAUGACGAGAGCGAUGAGGAGGAUGAUAAGCCCAUUCACGAAUCGCUGGCGCAAGAGCCCAAAGAUAACGAUGUGGAGAAAGCCAUCCGGACUGUGUUCCUCGCGAAUGUCGCUGCAGAGGCUUCGUCGUCCAAAGAGGCCGCGAAAGCGCUCCGUGCUCAUCUUUCUACCAUUCUCGACAAGGAUGCAAAGCCCCAGGAGAAGAUUGAAUCUAUAAGGUUCAGAUCUCUUGCGUUCUCAUCCCUGGCGCUGCCCAAGCGAGCUGCCUACAUCACCAAGUCACUCAUGGACGCCACCACCAAGUCGUGCAACGCCUACGUGGUGUACUCAACACCUGCUGCCGCGCGCAAGGCAGUCUCUGCUCUCAACGGUACCAUCGUUUUGGACAGGCAUCUUCGGGUAGAUAGCGUUGCUCACCCCGGCAAAGCCGAUCAUCGUCGCUGCGUGUUUGUGGGAAACCUCGGGUUUGUCGAUGACGAAACCGUGCUUAAUACCGAUAAAGAGGGUAACACUACCUCUAAAAAGCGCUACAAGGUUCCCUCCGAUGUGGAAGAGGGUCUCUGGCGCGUCUUCGGCCAGAAGGCCGGCAAGGUGGAGAAUGUUCGAGUGGUUCGCGAUCCGAAAACCCGCGUUGGAAAAGGGUUCGCCUACGUUCAAUUCUAUGAUAUCAACCACGUCGAAGCAGCUCUUCUUCUCGAUGGGAAAAAGUUUGCACCCAUGCUUCCUCGUCCCCUCCGCGUGACUCGAGCCAAAAACCCGCAAAAGACAACACAAGCGAUGCAGAAACGUAUCCUUGCCUCAAAUGCCGAAUCUACAACUCCCGGAAGCACUAAAUACAAGCCCAAAAGCACGCCAGACCAACAGUCCAUGGCAGGCCGCGCGUCAAAGCUUCUUGGCGUUGCGGGUGCUGCGCGCCACGUCCGCGGGAGCAAGAAGGGCUUCCCGUCGAGCUCGAAGUCUGCUGCUGAUGUCAAGACUCCGGAGCAGAUUGUGUUUGAGGGGAAGCGGGCUUCUGCUCGUGAUGGCUUGAACCUCGGGAAGCGACCCAAGUUUAGGAAAGCAGGUGCGAAGAGACUUCAAGGAAAACGGGCUAAGCGCGUUAUAGACUGGAAAAAGAAGAAGACAGAUAGUGGUAGUAGUUAA